CACCACAAAGGAACGAAGUACUGUUAAACCAAUUGUCCUGAACAUGCCCUCUGUUUUUCCGCUGCAAUCACAUAUUUUUCAAGAGAAGAUUCAAGAAACUUCGUUUUGGUAGACCAACUUCAACGAAUUCCAGCGUAAACCGUUCUCCUCCCCAGCGUCCGGAUUUUAAGAAAAAGGUUGACCAGCAAGAAACUGAGGCAGAUAGCGAAGGAUAGCGCCGCGGAGCAGAGGCAGAGGAGCUUCCAUCAGCUGGGCAGCAUUCAUUGUCUUUGUUCAAUUUCUUUGGUCACAGAGCUUCAAAUCCACCGCUACGUGGUCUAUAUUAGUUGCUGUCGUUGUAUCUGUCCAUUCCAACUCCACCCAACUUCCCCAUUUUCCCUCCAUUAUCAGAUCUGUCCUCUGCACUGACUUGCCCAUGUUGUUUUCCACUUCUUUGACCAUAUAUAGCCCUCCGUAUAUCGUACUGCGCUGCACAAAAUAGCCCACUUCCCAAUUCGAGUACUCAAUCAAUCUCCGGCUCGAAAUCUGAAGUUUGACGAUGGUCGGAGCACCAGCCCAGGCCGCAGCCGCAGCCGCAGCCAACUGCGAUGGCAGCGGCGGCGUUCAGGUCCACCAGAGUCGAAGAGUACUGCCGGAUUUCUUGCAGAGUGUUAAUCUGAAGUACGUGAAAUUGGGAUACCACUAUUUGGUUUCCCAUAUUUUGACUCUCUGUUUGGUCCCUCUCAUGGCGGUCAUCGUCGUCGAGGCUUCCCAGAUGAACCCAGAUGACAUUCACCAGCUCUGGCUCCAUCUCCAGUAUAAUCUGGUCAGUGUCAUUACCAUCUCUGCAAUUCUUGUCUUCGGUUCGACUGUUUACAUGAUGACCAGGCCUCGAUCCGUUUACCUCGUCGAUUACGCGUGUUACCGACCGCCGGCGGACCUCCAGGCGCCGUUUCACCGAUUCAUGGAGCACUCGAGGCUCACCGGCGACUUUGACGAGUCGUCGCUCGAGUUCCAGCGCAAGAUCCUUGAGAGGUCGGGUCUCGGCGAGGAGACCUACGUGCCGGCGGCGAUGCACUCCAUUCCGCCGCGCCCGUCAAUGGCCGCCGCCCGGGAGGAGGCCGAGCAGGUGAUGUUUGGCGCUUUGGAUAAUCUGUUCUUGAAUACAAAUAUUAAGCCUAAAGACAUUGGUAUUCUUGUUGUGAACUGUAGUUUGUUUAAUCCCACACCAUCUCUGUCUGCUAUGAUUGUUAACAAGUACAAACUGAGAGGCAAUGUAAAGAGUUUUAAUCUGGGGGGAAUGGGUUGUAGUGCUGGUGUGAUAGCUCUUGAUCUUGCCAAAGAUAUGUUGCAAAUUCAGAGGAAUACUUACGCAGUUGUUGUUAGCACAGAGAACAUUACUCAAAACUGGUACUUUGGGAAUAAGAAAUCGAUGCUUAUACCCAACUGUUUGUUCCGGCUUGGGGGAGCUGCAGUUUUGCUUUCGAACAAAUCGGUGGACAGAAGGCGGGCGAAGUAUAAGCUUGUUCAUGUUGUGAGGACCCAUCGUGGUGCUGAUGAUAAGGCAUUCCAAUGUGUGUACCAAGAGCAGGAUGGUGCUGGAAAAACUGGUGUUUCCUUAUCGAAGGAUCUCAUGGCAAUUGCUGGUGAGGCCCUAAAGAUCAAUAUCACAACCUUGGGACCUCUUGUUUUGCCUAUAAGUGAGCAACUUCUCUUCUUUGUGACUCUGGUUGCAAAGAAGCUGUUCAAAGCAAAUGUGAAGCCUUAUAUUCCGGAUUUCAAGCUCGCUUUUGAUCACUUUUGUAUACAUGCUGGGGGAAGGGCAGUGAUUGAUGAGCUUGAGAAGAAUCUGCAGCUUCAGCCAGUGCACGUUGAGGCUUCCCGGAUGACUCUCCAUCGGUUUGGCAACACUUCGUCAAGCUCCAUAUGGUAUGAACUGGCUUAUACAGAAGCAAAGGGGAGGGUACGGAAGGGGCACCGUGUUUGGCAGAUUGCUUUCGGUAGUGGUUUCAAAUGUAACAGUGCAGUGUGGGAGGCACUCCGACAUGUGAAACCCUCUCCCGACAGUCCUUGGGAAGAUUGCAUUCAUAAGUAUCCCGUGCCCACAGUUGCAUAGCUCAAGGGAGAUUUAGUUAGACACUCUUUCUUCAGGGAAGAAAUGCACUUGAUAGGUUCAACUCUCUUUUUUAACCUUUUCCUUUAGAAGUUUAUUAGGUCACAUUAUGUUUUAUUCUGUCUGCAAAGUCAUAUAAUGUCUCUCCCUAGUUUGCUCGUGUAUCUUGAUUUGCACACUUUAGUGGCUGUGUGGUUCUUGUACCUUUAUGCUUUGAAUCUUUGUGCUGAAAGUUACAGUGCUUAUGAGUAUCGAUACGAUGAUGGCAUUUUUCAGCAUAUGGAAACUGCAUGUAAAUGAAUUCAUUUCAAUUCAAUUUACCUGCAGAAGUCCAUUGUUUAGAAAGGAAUUGGAGAACAGAUUGUUGUGUCUGAUAAUUAUACAGUAUAGAAUUAUUAGAA